UAUAACAUGGCGGAUGCUUGUGAAGUGGAUAUACCUAUCGAGGCAGCUGAGGACGAUGAGAUGCCGGAGCUACUGGAAGCGGGACAUGGAAGCACUGAGGCAUUGCCUCCUUUGCUUCAGGAAAAAACCGAUUCAUCAGUCGAUGAGUUCAUUGUGGUGGGAAAGCGGAAAAGAAAUCGCAAAAAUCGCGAUGUGGAAAUGGCAGAAGCCGAGACCGAUGUCGCGGCAGCGGACGGAGCUGUGCAAAAAAAGCGACGAAAAAUGGGAAAUGCGGAAGUUCGAAAGAUCGCAGUGCCACCGCAUCGCUACAGCCCGCUCAAAGAACACUGGAACAAAAUUGUAUUACCCGUUGUUAAGCAGCUACACCUGCAAAUAAGGUCUUUCACAUUUCUGCUAUGUGUGUGUGUGUGUGUGUGUGUGUCUAUGUCUGUGCAUGCGUAUAUGUGUGGGCACGUUUGUGUCUGUGCAAAUUUGUGUGUGUGUGUGUGUGUGUGUGUGUGUGUGUGUAUUUGCGCUUAUUUGUUUAACCUCAAAACGCGGAAUGUAGAAAUUCGCAAUCCGGAUGAAGCCACUGAUCUUACAAAUUUACAAAAGGCCGAGGAUUUUGUGCGUGCGUUUGUUUUGGGUUUCGAUGUUGACGAUGCAAUUGCCUUGAUUAGGCUGGAUCAUUUGUUCCUGGAGAGUUUCGAAAUCAACGAUGUGAAGCCACUUAAGGGCGAGCAUUUGUCGCGUGCAAUUGGACGGAUCGCUGGGAAAGAUGGCCGGACCAAAUUCACCAUUGAAAACAUAACGAAGACUCGUAUUGUCCUUGCGGACAGCAAAAUUCAUCUGUUGGGUGCUUAUCGAAAUAUACGGAUAGCCAGAAAUGCAAUCUCAUCACUGAUUAUGGGUAGCCCGCCUUCAAAAAUAUACGGCAAUCUUCGGAAUCUUGCAAGUCGGGCCAGCGAACGCCUCUGA